AUGACGAAGCAAGGCCUUGCUAGCUCGAUAGGAGACCGCAUGUUUGAGAUGGUACAGGGAGAGGAUGGUGGAGCCUUCUUCAGCCUGGAUUGCACAGAUCUUGGCCUGACACCUUCUAGCAGUCUUCCUAGCCCUUUGCGGGUUGUGCUCUGCUGUGAAAAACCUCCAUGCAGCUUGCAGAGGCGGGGCUGGCUACCAGGUGCCCAGAGUGCCCCUGGCAAUGCAGUUCUGAUUACCCGGCAGGGAUCUGCCCAGAAAGGUGGGGUUGGGGUAGAAAGGCCGCUGGUGCUUGUGUCUCCGACUGGCCCAGAGCUGUCUCGUUUACCCCCCACUCUCAGCUCUUUCCCUGUCAGCAGAGUGCGCAGGACUGUCGGAGCAGUUCUCAGCGUUCGUGGGAGAACUGAUGGUGGUGGAGGCAGUAGUGGGGCUGGCGGUGGCCCCAGCAGAGGGAUGGGUAGUGGCCGCAGCAGCUUGUUGCAUAAGUGGAAGAUUGAUGACAAGCCUGUAAAAAUUGACAAAUGGGAUGGAUCAGCUGUGAAAAAUUCUUUGGAUGAUUCUGCCAAAAAGGUGCAUCUGGAAAAGUACAAGUAUGUGGAGAAUUUUGGUCUAAUUGAUGGUCACCUCACCAUCUGUACCAUCUCCUGUUUCUUUACCAUAGUGGCUUUGAUUUGGGAUUAUAUGCACCCCUUUCCAGAGUUCAAGCCUGUUUUGGCUUUGUGUGUCAUAUCGUAUUUUGUGAUGAUGGGGAUCCUGACCACUUAUAUCUCGUAUAAGGAGAAGAGCAUCUUUCUCGUGGCCCACAGGAAAGAUCCUACAGGGAUGGAUCCUGAUGAUAUUUGACAACUGUCCUCUAGUCUCAAAAGGUUCAAUGACAAAUACACUGUGAAGCUGACCUUCAUCAGUGAGAGAACAAAGCAGCAGUGGGAAGCUGAGUUCACGAAAUCCAUUGCUAAGUUUUUUAACCACGGCGGGAUGCUGGUCAUGGAUGCAUAUGAGCCUGAAAUAUCCAGGCUCCAUGACAGCCUUGCUACAGAAAGAAAAAUAAAAUGGCCAAUUCUAAAAGCAGCCAUCAUUCUGCAGUAUCAUGUGAAAUUAUGGGGUGAAAUUGAAAGGAGCAGAGAGCUUAAAAUGGAUAAAGUAAGAAAUGUUAAAAAUGUCCCUAUUUUGUCCUGA